CAAUCACCCACCUCAAAUUUCAACCCCCUCUUCAAAUCCCCCCAUCCAAUAUAACCUCCCCUCCUCCAAUUUCAAUUUCACUCCUCCAAACCCUAACCCAAUGUCGGCGUUCCUCCACCAGCGCCCACUCCACAACCCAUUUUCAGAUCCACACCCACUAUCCCAACCUCCCUCAAAUCCCAGAAAGCCCUUCUCAUAUUCCAACCCAAUAACCCUCCUAGUCCUUCUCUGCUUGUUAAUAAUCAUGGGUGUGUUUCUUCCAUGGACAAGUAUGCAGCAGGGUCUGUUCUCCAUCACUAACAAGUCCCAGCUGAAAUGGAGGGACUACACAUUGGCCCAAGCUGCGGCCUUUGUGGCCCAAAAUGGGACCUUGAUUGUUUGUGCUGUGAGUGAGCCUUACUUGCCGUUUCUGAACAACUGGUUGAUCAGCAUUGCCAGGCAGAAGCAUCAGGAUAAGGUGCUUGUGAUUGCUGAGGACUAUGGGACGCUUUAUAAGGUCAAUGAGAGGUGGCCGGGCCACGCCGUGCUUAUACCCCCAGCUCUUGAUGCUAAGGCUGCCCAUAAGUUUGGUUCUCAGGGAUUCUUCAACUUUACUUCCAGAAGGCCGCGCCACCUAUUAAACAUUUUGGAGCUUGGAUACAGUGUGAUGUACAAUGACGUUGAUAUGGUGUGGUUGGCUGAUCCCUUUCCUUAUUUGGUAGGGAAUCAUGAUGUGUACUUCACAGAUGAUAUGACUCCAGUCAAACCUCUGAACCAUUCUCAUGAUUUGCCACCUAUAGGUAAGAAAGGGCGCACUUACAUAUGCAGCUGUAUGAUCUUUUUACGUCCUACAAGCGGAGCAAAAUUAAUUAUGAAGAAGUGGAUUGAGGAAAUGCAGCAGGAGCCCUGGUCCAGAGCAAAGAAAGCAAAUGAUCAACCUGCUUUUAACUGGGCAUUAGACAAAAAUGCUGCACAGGCGGAUCUGUACUUGCUGCCACAGGCAGCAUUCCCAACUGGAGGAUUAUAUUUCAAGAACAAGACAUGGGUAAAGGAAACCAAGGGGAUGCAUGUUAUAAUCCACAAUAACUAUAUCUUAGGUUUCGAGAAGAAGAUAAAGCGCUUUCAUGAUUAUGAUCUUUGGUUGGUAGAUGAUCAUGCUGAUGAGUCCCCCCUUGGGAGAAUAUGAAAUUGAACGCCUCAUGAUAUAUGUACAUCUGUUUUGGUUGAAUAUCAUUCCAGUCCAGUUGGAAACUGAGAAGCAAAUGCUUGCCACCUGUUUGUUUGACCUUCCUGUAUGAUGGUAACAGUAUGGAAGGAAAGGGAAGGGAAGGGAAGAAAUGAGUAUAUGGCUAUAAAUGAUGCGGUUUUAAUCAUUCGAUGCUUGGAAGAGCUUCUGCUUGCUUGUACCAUGUUUUACGAGUUAGAUGUAUUCUUUUGAUCUCUCACAUUUUUUGGCUGUAGAAGCUGCCUCAUUGUUUAAUGUAACUUGUAUGUGGAAGCCUGAUUUUGAUGUAACUAUAUAACUUGUAUGAAAAUCAUCAAAUAUCUUUUUUGGAAAUCUGCUGUUGUUGGUCCAUUUGAAAGACUACCCUUAUUAGUGAAUCA